UCCAACAGCGGAUCCAGCAGGUAACGUUACGGUUCCGCCUCUGCUGUCGGUCCAACCAACUCUGACAACAUGCCGCUCAGAAACAGACUCCUCACACCGCCGCAACUUUCUGUCUGACUGGAUGUGAGUGAUUAUCCGGACGGGUUUCCUCGACACAAACAGAGACGCCUCACACACGCUGAAACCUGACAUGUGGACGGGACUCACCUGAGGGGACUACACACAGGUUUAGAAGAAACCUCAACUUCAAUACAGGCUUUUUUUUGGGAGGGGAAUUACCCGGUAUUUUUUUUUUUAUUAAAAUGGAUGUGCCGCUGCGGACGAACUGUAUUUUCUUCCUGGCAUGUUUCUGUGGAUUAGGGUUUGGAAACCCCAACAGAUGCGAUGAAGUGCGCAAAGUUUUCCAACUCAGGCAAAUAGGACCAAAUCAAUUAUUGCCUUUAAGUCCCAGAAUAGGUUCAGACCUUCAGGUGUGCAUGUCCAGGAACCAGACCUGCUGCACCAAAAAGAUGGAGGAGAAGUACCAGGUGGCGGCCCGGAGAGACAUCCAGAACCUUCUUCAGACAUCCAGCUCCAGCCUCAAGUUUCUCAUCUCACGCAACGUGGCUGCUUUUCAAGAGACCUUUGAGGUUCUGAUGAGGCAGGCGGAGAAUUACACCAACGCUGUGCUCCAAGACUCGUACGGCAACAUGGCUGAUCAGGCCAUGGGCUCCGUGCGGGAACUCUUCACCGACAUCAGUCUCUUCCUGCUGGGAUCUGAGCUCAACGUUGAUGAACUGGUGCAGCGAUUCUUUGACGCCCUCUUCCCGCUGGUGUACAAUCACCUCAUCAACCCAGGCCUCAGCGACAUAUCUCCAGGCUACGCCGAGUGUGUGAGGACAUCAAGCCGUGACGUGAGACCGUUUGGUGGGACACCUGGCCUCCUGGCUGAUCAGAUAGCUCGCUCUGGGGUCUCUGGGAAACUUCUGCUUCAGGCUUUGCACCUCGGCAUCGAGGUCAUCAAUACCACAGACCACUUACAGCUGAGCCGUGAAUGCCGACGGGCCCUGCUCAAGAUGCACUACUGUCCUCACUGCCAGGGCUUAACCCAGUCCAAGCCCUGCAUGGGCUAUUGCCUCAACGUGAUGCGGGGCUGUUUGGCGAGCAUGGCUGAGAUUGACAACCACUGGAGGGAGUUUGUUCGCUCGCUGGAGGGCCUGUCAGCUCGGAUGCACGGACCUCAGGAUUUGGAGCAAGUACUUCUAGGAGUUCACACGCUGCUUCAUGAUGCUGUCGGACACGCUCAGAAGAACGGACCCCGCCUCUCAGCACAGGUGCACAAACUGUGUGGCCCACCGAGCAGGAGGCCUGCACAGUCAGACAGCAACCAGCACAGCAGCAACAGAGAAUUCAUCCCUUUUAAAGCUCCUGUCAGAGUGUCAGGGGAGUCGCUCGCUCUCAAGAGAAGGGACUUUCUGAACAGUCUGCGUUUCUACCGUACAUACUACGGCGGCCUGGCGGAUCAGCUGUGUGUGAGCGAGCUGGCCUCUGGUGAUGGGCACUCCUGCUGGAACGGAACCGACAUCGUAAAAAGCUAUACCCUCCGUGUGGUGGGCAAUGGGAUCAAGGCUCAGGCUGCCAACCCCGAAGUCAAAGUGAAAGGAGCAGAUCCUGUCAUAAAUCAAAUCAUAGACAAACUGAAACACAUCAAUCAGCUGCUGCAAGGAAAAUCCAUUCCUAAACUGGGGACAUUGGACCAGAUUGAAACAGGAAGUGGAGAUGCAGAGGGACGUUACAGUGGGGACUGUGAUGAUGAGGAUGGUUGUGGUGGUUCAGGUGGUGGCGAGGUUAAGAGGAAAGUCCAGAGAGUCACCAAAUUGAGUCCAGAUGUGACCAGUGAUCGCAAUCAUCAUCAUCAUCCUCAUCAUUAUUCACCUGCUGAGGCUUCUGAAAUAGGGGGCAGAUCCAGGAGUCUCGGAUUGACAGGAUCCAUCUCCCUCUUGAUAUUGCCUUGUUUACAUAUGCUCCUGGCCUUGUAACGGCUGCCUUUUUGCAGCAUGCAGCAACUUUCAAGACUUGAUUUCAAGCGUAUUUAUCAAGAAUUUAAAGGGCCAGUGGACUUAACGAGCUCCAGUAUGUAAUGGAGCACCACUUCCACACAGUGCAGGACACAGGGUAGUGAGUGAACACUAAUGACCGUGUGGAAAGUACAAGACACUGUGGCUUAUAUAAGAGAGCAUAUGCAUCAGCUUUGAGAAUUUUAAUUGAUGAUUAUUUUUUAUCAGUUACCCAGCAUUCAUUAACACUAAUAAUGACUUAUUUAUAAUAGCUAAUGUCAAAAAAUAACUACAGCAUAUUUUGUACAAAUUUGGUAUUAAUUUAAAUGUAUUUCUGCAUAUAAUAUAUAUGAUCUGUAGAUAUAAAUAAGCAGCAAUCUCACUGUAAUGCACACUGCACGCACAGUACAGGUUGUAUAUUUUGCACCCUUUUUUAAAAUAGGGCUCUACAUCUUCAGUGAAAAGAGUCAAGUAAUCUGAAAGGUUACUUUUGGUGUUGAAAUUUAAAUGAAAAAUACAACAGCUUCCACAGGUCUUGCAAUUGAAAUAUUUGUGCAACCCCUAAUUAAAAUGGCGCAUUCUUA